AUGUCCACCUCCGCCCCACCCCCGUCCCCGGUCCUCCGCCAACCCCUCAAGCUCGCCUGCGUCCAACUCGCCUCCGGCGCCGACAAAGCCGCCAACCUCGCCCGCGCCCGCACCAAGGUCCUCGAGGCCGCCGCCGCCGGCGCCCGCCUCGUCGUCCUCCCCGAGUGCUUCAACUCCCCUACGGCUGCGACUUCUUCCCCGCUACGCCGAGCCUCUCCUCCCUUCCCCGCCCCCGCCGACACGGCCCCGAGCUUCCACGCCCUGCGCGCCAUGGCCGCCGACGCCCGCGUCUACCUCGUCGGCGGCUCCAUCCCCGAGCUCGAGCCCGCCACCGGCCGCUACUACAACACCUCCCUCGUCUUCGGCCCCGCCGGCGACCUCCUCGCCACCCACCGCAAGGUCCACCUCUUCGACAUCAACAUCCCCGGCCACAUCGUCUUUCGCGAAUCCGACGUCCUCUCCCCGGCGACGCCCUCACCGUCGUCGACCUCCCCGACUCGCCAUGACCGCCGCCCGCCGCGGCUGCUUCGCCCUCGUCUCCCCGGCGCCUUCAACCUCACGACCGGGCCCCUCCACUGGCGCCUUCUCGCCCAGGCCCGCGCCCUCGACAACCAGUUCUACGUCGCCAUGUGCAGCCCCGCCAGGGAUAUGAGCGCCUCCUACCACGCCUGGGGCCAUACCCUCGUCGUCGAUCCCCAGGCAAAGGUGCUUGCCGAAGCCGAGGACGCCGAGGACAUCAUCUACUCCGAUCUCGACGGUGGCGUCAUCGACGAGACGAGGAGGAACAUUCCCGUGUACACGCAAAGGAGGUUCGACGUGUACCCUGACGUGAGCAAUGCCGCCGUGAAUUAG